AUGGCACCCGCACAGCCAGAACUGAAGAAGUACCUCGACAAGCGGUUGUUUGUCCAGCUCAACGGCAGCCGCAAGGUCAUUGGCGUGCUGCGCGGCUACGAUGUCUUCCUCAACAUUGUCCUUGACGAGGCCGUGGAGGAAAAGGACGGCGGCGAGAAGGUCAAGAUUGGCAUGGUGGUCAUCCGUGGCAACUCGAUUGUGAUGCUCGAGGCGCUGGAGCGCAUCGGCGGCGACGACAGACGCCAGCACCAGGAGCGGUGA